GGGUAUAGCACCCUAGGCUUCAGCGAGGGUGUUUUCCGUUACAGGAGACUCAAUGAGAGAGAGAGGAUCGGAGAACUGGGGGCACCUGAAGUCUGGGGACUGUCACCAAAGGUUCCUGACCCCGAUUCCGAUGAGCAUACGCCGGUAGAAGAUGAAGAGGCAAAAUCUAAGAGUAGUUCUUCAGACUCCAGCUCAGAAGAGGAAAAAAAGAAAAAGAAGAAGAAAAGAAAGAAGAAAAAGCGGAAGGCGUCCAAAAGAAAACGCAGAAAACAUUCUGAGGACAGCGACAGUGAGUCGGAGUCUGAGCAGAACUCCAGUGAUGAAGAUAAAAAGAAGAGCAAGAAGAAGAAAAAGAAGAACAGAAAGAAGAAGUACAAGAAAAAGAAAAAUAAGAAGAGCAGGAAGGAAUCCAGUGAUUCAAGCAGUGAGGAUUCUGAUGACGAAACGUUUCAAGGGGAAGAUCUCUGGAUUGAGAGAUCAAAAAAUACAGAAGCUGAUAGCUUGAUUGGACCAGAAGCUCCCAAAACUCACGCAUCUCAGGAUGAUAGGCCUUUGAACUACGGACAUGCCCUCUUGCCCGGUGAAGGUGCAGCAAUGGCAGAGUACGUAAAAGCAGGAAAACGUAUACCCCGGAGAGGUGAAAUCGGCUUGACCAGUGAAGAGAUCGCAUCGUUUGAGAGCUCUGGUUAUGUCAUGAGUGGCAGCAGACAUCGCCGAAUGGAAGCUGUGCGUCUGCGUAAAGAGAACCAGAUUUACAGCGCAGACGAAAAGAGAGCUCUGGCAUCCUUCAACCAGGAGGAGAGGAGGAAACGAGAGAAUAAGAUCCUUGCAAGCUUUCGAGAGAUGGUCUACAGAAAGACUAAGGGCAAAGAGGAAAAAUAAUUCUUUGUUUGAACUGGACACCAUAGAUUCUACCAAGCGGGAGGUAACCUGUUCCAGUCGUGAUUUGAAAAAAGCUGCAAGUGCUGCAGUGUCUCUCACCCAUCAGGGCCAAGCCUCAGGAGUGGAUUACUUGUAUCAAGGAAACAGAGUUACUUUUGUCAGAUUUUCUUGGGUGAUUUGUUCACCGUCUACAAGGAAUCCCUGUAAAGUGAAAGGCUACAAGGCAGGGAAGGCAGAAACAGGCAGGGAAGAUUAGAGGUGGCGAUGUUCUGUGCUCGCUUUGAAUUGGACAAGCGGGAGGAUUUGAUGGGAGGACUUUGUUACCUGAUGCCGAUAAGUGCGAUUUUUCCAUUUAUUUUGACUAAAGAGUGGACUGACCGUCAGAAGCAAGCUACUGGUACCAGUAGCGAAAAUGAAGGAACUCCUAAGUUCCUGUUUAAGAUCUCAGACUGUCUGCUUAGGUAUUUUUUUCAUAAGCCUUUUAGAUUUUUUUUUUUCCCUCAAAACAGUUGAGUUUGGUUUGUGGUUCAAACUAGACUUGUAAAUAGAAAUGAGUUUGUAAUUUAAUACAGAUGGGCUUCAGUUACUUUAAAGCAAGCAGAUCGCAAUUGGGGUAUAAAGUAACGGUAAUAGUAAUAGGAGGGUCUGAUCUUCAAUCCACCAAAGCCCGUGGUGAAGAACUAAGUUGCUUCUUUUUCUCCUAUGUUAUACAUAGGUAUCAGAGCAGUGGGGUGCAGUGAUUGGAACCCCUGGGUGUACACAGGUGGUAACAAGGACGUAUCUUUCAAUUUAUUUGAGAUUUUUUUUUUUCUAUGGAAGUGUUCUAGAUUAAAACCUUAUUUUAACUCCCGUGGUAUUUUAAUUUGGUCUCUUUCAGCAGCUUUACAUGGCUCUCUUUAAACUCUCUACUCAGAGGCCUACUCUGGGUGGUGCUUCUGUGAUGGUUAUCUCCGAUUCAACUGCGUAUUUCCAAGCAUACCCCCCUUAGCCGCCUCUUUUUCAAAUGCUUGUAAAAACGAAGCAUUUUCUAGAGGGCUUUUUGUUCUCCUAAAUCUCUGUGUUGUAGUUUUGGCAGCAGAGGUGUCUUCUAUGUUUGUAUAAAGAAAAUAAAAGUCCUAUAACGUUUGCCCUGGAGUUCUGCAGACCUGGUGUUCGCAAACAGCAAGUCCAGCCCAGCUGCCUCUUCCCCUUUACAUUCUGGAACCUGGUUCUGUCCUGCCGUGCCCACCCAUGGGACCUGCAAGGGACCGUCAUGUAAAGCCAGUUGCCAGGUCAGGCCGUAGUUGAUUUUGCACGGAUUUAAUGCUUUUUAUGUAUCCACAAAGUAGAAAUGCUGAUAAGGAAGAGCCAUUCUUUCUUCAUUGUGUUUAAUUGAUUCUCCACAAAAUACCAACAGAGCGUUGGUGAUGGUGAGUUGGAGCUGUUCAUUAGAAAGUAGGUCUUUCCAUGAGGAUUAUUUUAUUUUCAACAAUGUUCUUAAGCCACUUGUCUCUAAAUUGACACUGUUCUGGCCUGGAGGAUGGAAUAAAAAGAGGGUAAAUGGUAAGAAUAAUAUUGAAUCCAAGUUUGGCCAGCUGAGAGCUGGCCUGUAUUGACAGGGCAAGCCUAUCUGCUGAAAAAAAGACCACCACCUAGACCUGUGUAAACCCAGGGCAAAUUCAUUACGGAGAAGGCAGAUGCUCAUGGGUUGGCUGUCCAUGCUUGUGGUGGAGUGAAGCUAAUGAUAAGCAGGGUCAUUUGGUUUUGCGUAGCAAGAUUUUGACCGCUUACUCCACCUCUCUGCUAUUAUUGCCAACUUAUUUACAUCAAGCUCCGUUUGUUUUUGGUGUGGAGAAGCUUGCUAGAACCUCCCGAGUUGUGUCGGUGAUGGAAGGGUAAUAACAUUUACCUGUGAAUCAGCCUGCUGGACUCCAGAGUGAAGAAUACCUCCGCAGGCAAGGUCUGCAAGAGAGGAGAGGCAGGGCAGAGUUCACACACAGGACCUCAAUAAGCAGAGGUUUUAAUUAGGUGAGGGCUACUACCUACUUC